UUUCACAUCAUUCAUGGCUCCCCAAGCCCUGAAAGGGGCAGUAGCAUCUCAGAGCCAGAGAAAGCAGCCACCUAUUUCUCAUAUAUCUUGCCUGUCUGCUACAAACCCUGUUGCUGAAGCUCUUAGAAAACCACCUGAGUGAAUAUGAAAGCCUUGGAGAAGAAGAAACAAUGUCCAAAGGUACCUCAUCUUCUUAAGAAACCAGGAGUUGGCAUCAUUUACUCAAGGCUCAAAGUGAGGGGUGAAGUGGGGGCGACAGAAAUGCUGGAAAAUGGCCUGUUGAUUUUUUUUAAAAAACCCAGAAAGUAGUGGAAUUUUCUGGUACAUUACAAAAAAUGUUAUGAGAAUCUAUUCGUCCCUGGCAGGUAGCCUUUCAUACUGAUCCAAGUGCUACAUAUUUGUAAGCAGCUAUAGAUCCCACAGAGGAUAAAGCAGCAGUGAGUUCAAAAGCUUCUAAAGCCGUGGCUUUUAUUAAGAACAUCAAAAGAGCCUGGCUGGAUCAAACCAUAGACCUAUCUAUCCCAGCCUCUUGUUCCCUACAGUGGCUAUCCAGAUGCCUGUUUACUUAUUCAUUUACUUAAGCAUUCGUAUGCUACUCUUGAGCCACAGAGGCUCCUGCAGUGGCUUACAUGCUAAUCGAUAAAAACAAGACACCCCCUGCCUGCAGUGUUAUGUAUAUAAAUUAAAUUUUGAUGAUAUGCAAAGUAACAGAGUAGCUUACAGCUAGGAAGCUAAAUAACUCUUCUAGGUGAGCGAUAGCCUUUCUGUAAAGACUAUACAAUGUCCAGACUAUUUAUAUUCAAAAAAGCUUUAUUUUCAUAAACAUAUAACUGAGAUGAAUAUAUUUACAAUCUCACGCUUAUUCAAACAUGGGUACGUUCUCACUUGAAUUGUAGUCUUCCUUAGACCUAUAAACAAAACUGCAUUGAAACUUGCACCUCACUCAGGCCUUACAGUUUCUUAUGAAAGGUUUUGCUUUCACCUCAGCAGUAUCCUCUUUGUUCCUUACAGAGAGCUCCUGCGCAGAUUUAGAGUUCUCCCUCUGUCUGUUUCACUUCAGACAGAUCACACUGACACAACACUUUCCUCAGCAGUAUCCUGAGAAGGCUCUCUCAGCAGCCAUUCUCCUUUCUCACGCACAGAGAACAUAGAGCAAUUAAAAACAACAGUUACUGGAAUAACAAUCACAUUAAACAGGACUGUUUCUCAAGAAGUUGUAGGAUUCUUCUUCUUCUUCAGGGGAACUAUCAUUAAAAGAAUGAUUAAACGUUAAUAGAUAGACAGACAGACAGAUAGAUAAAUGAGAUCUGUUAAAAACAUACAGACAAUCACAAUGAAAGCAAAGUAGAUUAUUGAAGUGGUUCCCACACACUUCCCUGCUGCAUAAACAACUUGAAAAUUGCUGAAGGUCUUUGGUGGACCACUUAAUAAUUUAUACAGGCCUGUUGCAGCAAUUCUAAUGUUCUGUGCUAGAUGCCGUAUGACUAACGUCAUAUGUGUUGUUUAGUCGUUCUAGUCGUGUCCGACUCUUUGUGACCACAUGGCUUUAAACACCAGUGCUGGGAGCACGCUAGAGGCUGAGAAGGUGAUAAUAUUUACACAGUCUUUAUGCAGUUCAGAUUGCAUGGAGAGAGGCAGUGGGACAUGAACACUAGCCCUACCCCUGCUGUUUAUGUCCCCCACUGGGCCUACUUCCAUGCUAUCCAGCCACCCUUAGUGGUGGGGAACCUUCAGCAUACAAGCCUAAUUAUUUAAUUAUUUGUUAAUUAGACCACACAUUCACCAGGCUUUCCCCCUUCAGGCCUUCCAUGUCAGAGAGGGGCUAACUCACAUGACACACACCCCGCCAAUGAUCUCAUAUCCUCCAACAUUUCUCAGAUGAAAAUAGGGACGUCUCAUUCCAUAAUGAUAAUGUUACUAUUUAUACCCCACACAUUUUAAAGGGUUGUCCCAUCCACUUUGGGCAGCUUCCAGCAUAUAUAAAAACAUAAUAAAACAUUAAACAUUUAAAAAAACACCCCUACCCUAUAAAGGAUUGCCUUCAGACAGCUUGAGGGUUGGAUAACUCCAUACCCUCCAACAUUUCUCCAAUGAAAAUAGGGACGUCCUAAGGAAAAGUGGGACAUUCCGGGAUCAAAUCAGAAACCAGGACGGCUUCUCUAAAUCAGGGAUGUCCUUAGAAUAUAGGGGCACUUGGAGGAUCUGUGAUCUGAAUCACAUGGUGGAGACUCAUGCGUAGUUCUAAGGCACUCAGCAGGCCCAUGUAUAUGAUCUUGCCCUUUGGCCAUCUUUGUUUUCUCAUAUGUAUCUUUUUUUUUUUUUUGCAGUCUCUCCAUCCCUAAAUAAUAAUGGCUCUAGACAUGAUUUAACAGUUAUAUAAAUAGGCUGCUCCUUCUGAGCGACUCAUGCGUUCUGUGUAAUAUUUGCUUCUUGCUCUUUAUAACCAAGUUAUAAAAACACUGCAAUUCAAAGGGUAGGCUCUGUUAGUGGCUUUGACGUGGCUGACUCAGUAGUCUAAUUCAUGCAGUCUCCUCCGCAAGUUGAGCUGGUUCCCCACUUCAGGCAUUUCACAAGGAUGGCAGUGAGUACACAGCAGAGGGCAUGGGGCCAGUUUUUGUGGUACCCCUCUCCCCCCCCAAAAAAUCCCACAAUAGUAGGGUGCAAGCAGAGGCCUGUUACACACUGUCUAGCUUAUUCACCCACCACAGUAGUCAAUACGACAUUAUAGCAUUAUUUUUAAAACUGCCACCCGGCCCAAUUUUAGAUCAAUUGGACUUUAUCCUAAGGGUAUAGUUCAACCACUUGCAUUUAAUUCCUCUUGAUGCAGCAGACAAAGUUCCACAAACGAAGUGCGUUGAGGACAAGACGUCGUUUGUUGUCCCCAUAACUUUGCUCUGUCUUUCUCAGAUCAUUGAUGUGGAGAGUGGAGCAUCUCAGACAAGCAAUUUGGUACACGUAAGGAGCCACCUAAGGAGGGUAAGAUGCCAUUUUGUUUGCCUGUUGCAAGGUUUAAAGCCUAAAGUUAGCUACCAUCAUUUGGGGAGAUGCAACUUCCUUGUCAAAAGCCCCACCAUGUCUACCAGUUUAAAGACUGGUGCAAUAUUUUUUUGUCAGGGAUGGAAUGCUAACCCAAGAAGAAAGUAGCACACACCCAACCCCAACACAGAGAUGAUCUGAGGCAACCAACAUAUUAUAUCAACAUGUAGCUCCACAGUGGACCCAGCCUUAAGGAACUAGGCCAAAAGCAAACAUAAAAUUAAAUCUAAAAACCUUAGGCAUUUUGGAGCCUGCUGGAAUGUGUGUAUAAUAUCGUAUCGAAACAAAAUGUUAAAAAUGAAUUUUUAUUUUUAAAAAUAUUUCUGUCUUUUUCCUGUUGACCUCACACAAGUAAACAGUUAACUACAUUAGUCUCAAGAUAAUACUAAUAAUGAAGCAGGCUGGGCUCACUCUAUGGCAACUUCUUCAGAUGUUGUGUGCUCUCUAUAUUUUCUGUACCUGCACAGAUAAUAAAGAAACUGGUUCUCCUCAAAAUGCUCAAGAGUCCAAACCGCAGAAUCGAGUGGCUUUGUGAAUUAGCGCACAAGUACAGGAAGAUGUUAGCGAUUGGGAGUGCUCUGGCUUCAGGUGCUUCCUGCUCUGGGUAAGUGACCAUAGAUAGGGAUCUGUGUGCAUACGUGUGUUUAUUUUGCUAGAAUAUAACAAACAGGGCCCUCUGAAAGUGUGCGUGUGACUAUAUGAUCAUAGAAUCAUAGAACUGGAAGGGAUCUGUUAUGGCUUGGUCUCUCCCACAAACGUGAGAUGACUCUGCCUGUUAAUUAUUUCAGAUAUAUUGCUGAAACAACAAACUAGGAUGGAGCUCCUCUACUCAUCGUCCUCCCCAGAAGAUGGAGUUGCCCGGACUGAGCUCCUCCCCCUUCCCCAGCACGAAAGCCCCCACCUUCUCUUCUGGUAUCUUUAGAGCUUCUUUAGAGCUCUUUAGAUUCUUUAUGUUAAGUUGUGGGUGAACAUAUCAGACGACACAGCGAUUCUUCAAAACAGCUCUUGUUUAUUCACUGGCCAGAACAGAACUGAACUGAAGGGUUCAGCCAGCCUGCUUAUAUAGAGCUCCCCUACAACGCUACUGUAGCAACUUUCUGUAACUAGCCAAUCACUGAACGUCACUUUCAAUCCCCUAUUUGCAUAUGUGGACCUGAGUGGAAACUAUCUACAGUAUCCCCCUGCUGGCCCAGGGUGAGAACUUCAGUACAAAACACUUUAGAUCGUUAGAGCACUUUUGAGAUCCUACGAGAUUUGGGAGAGAAUGUUUUCUGCAUUCCAAUGUCUGACUCACUACUGGAGCUCUCACGCAGCAGCCUGUCACUCUGGCCCUGUCUUUCACCUCCCCUUUGUUCAGAGCUCAGGUUACAGCUGCUCUCCCCCUCCUUUCUGCCUUCUGCUUUUAACUGUUCUCUCUCUAUGCCUGCUUCUUCUUCUCCUGUCAGCAUCUGAGCUUUGCUGACAGGAUCCCAAGGGUCAUCCAGUCCAAUCCCCUGCAAUGCAAGAAUCUCAUCUAAAGCAUCCAUAACAGAUGGCCAUCGAACCUCUGCUUAAAAAUCUCCAAGGAAGGAGAAUCCAUCACCUCCAAAAGGAGUUCAUUCCACUGUCAAACAGCUCUUACGGUCAGAAAGUUUUUCCUGGUGUUGAGCUGGAAUCUCUUUUCUUCUAACUUGAAUCCAUUGGCUCUGGAGCAGGAGAAAACAAGGUUGCUCCAUCUUCCAUAUGACAGCCAUUUUUAUAUUGGAAGGUGGCUACGAUAUCUCCUCUCAGUCUCCUCUUUUCCAGCUCCUUCAGCCAUUUCUCAUAAGGCUUGGUUUGCAGAACCUUGAUAAUCUUGGUUGCCCUUCUCUGCACACGUUCCAGCUUGUCAACAUCCAUCUUAAAUUGUGGUCCCCCAGUUGGACAAAGUAUUCAAGGUGUGGUCUGACAAAGGCAGAACAGAGCGGUACUAUUACUUCCCUCACAAGGAGAAGGGGACGACAGAGGAUGAGAUGGUUGGACAGUGUUGUCAAAGCUACCAGCAUGAGUUUGACCAAACUGUGGGAGGCAGUGGAAGACAGGAGUGCCUGGCGUGCUCUGGUCCAUGGGGUCACGAAGAGUCGGACACGACUAAACGACUAAACAACAACAUUACUUCCCUUGAUAUGGACACUAUACUUCUGUUGAUGCAGCCUAGAAUAACAUUAGCUUUUUUUGCUGCUGCAUCACACUGUUGACUGACGUUAGGCUUGUGAUCUACUAAGACCCCUAGAUCAUUUUCACAUGUACUACAAGCAAGCCAGGUGUCCCCCAUCUUAUAUUUGUGCAGCUAGUUAUUCCUGCCUAAGUGCAGAACCUUACAUUUGUCUCUGUUGAAAUUCAUGUUGUUAGUUUUGGCCCCCUUCUCCAAUCUGUCAAGGUAAUCUUCUGCAGCAUUAGCUACCCCUCUCAGUUUGGUGUCAUCUGUAAAUUUGAUGAUCAUCCCCUUGAUUUACCUGAUAUUGGGAUAUGGGGAUAAUUCAGUGUUGGGGAAAAUUGGGUUCCAAAUUCCUCUCAGGGUCACAGAUUAUUUGUUUUGAUGUUUUUGGUUAGUUGGAUCAACUGCCACUUUCUGCAGCUCCCCUCUUCCUUGCCCACUACUUCCCAAGUGCUUUCAUUUAUUUUUUAUUUCCAGUGUGCCCUGAAAAGAAAAACUCUUCUUUUCUUUUCAUCCCUCAGGUUUGUACAAAACUAGAAAACAGCACAAGCAAAUUUACCAUUGCCUAUCUGAAUGCAUUUCCACUCUUCUUGGGCAGGGAAUUUUUUAAAAAACCAAACCAAACAGAACAAGGGGCACAUGGGCCCUGUGAGUAUUUCACUGGCAUGACAGAAUCAACAAACUAUAAGGCAGGGACAAACACAAAGGGGAAUGCCUCCUGGUAUGAAUGGGAAAGGCCAAAAUUGCUCCUCAUGUACAAAUUUAAAAUAGUUUAAAUAUUAAACUAUUCAUUUAAUUCUAAAGGGAGGGGGAGUGGAUGAAGAGCUACAUAAUGCUCAGAUGUGGGUGAGCCCUAAAUUACAGUCAUACCUUGGUUUUCAAACAGAAUGCGUUCUGGAAGUCCGUUCGACUUCCAAAAUGUUCGGAAACCAAUGCGCAGCUUCCGAUUGGCAGCAGGAGCGUCCUGCAGCCAAUCGGAAGCCACAGAAGCUGCAUCGGAUGUUCGGCUUCUGAGACAAAGUUUGCAAACCAGAACACCUACUUCUGGGUUUGCAGCUUUUCAGUUCCACGUUGUUUGUGAACUAAGCUGUUCAAAAACCAAGGUAUGACUGUAUAUGGAAGAAAAAACUAAAACAAUGAAAAUCCAUAACAAUGCUUCCACCCCGCUCAUGUGACAGGGUGUGCACCCCCUCUGAGGAACCUCCAGCCCCUAAUGUCAGCGUGAUUGAUGAGCCUGCCAUGGAAGUUGAGGAAGUUGCUAUAAUAGACAAGGUAGAUGAGCCUAAAUCGUCAACUGAGGCAACAUCCCCAGAGGCAGCUUCUUCAGAAUUGUAUGAGGCGCUCUCCUUGAAAGGCCUGCCCCACCGGAUUCACAUGCCUGCGCGCAGAGUGCUCUGUAGACCAUCGAAUUUGAGAUGGGUCAAACCGUGCUGCACACGAUCAUGUAGCGAGACUCUGGAGCAUGUCGUCACCAUCCCUUAUUCAGAAUGUCAGAAGCGGCAUCCAGUAAGCAAUCAAAACUGCAAUUGUUUUUGCCAGGGAGGUGGGCAGAGAUGAAAUUUGUGGGGGUUUGCCUCUGGGUCGAUUGAGUGUAUGCAAUCGGGUCUCUCCUAAAUACCAGAUCUAAACCCAGAUCUAGUCCUGCUUUGGCCUGAAGAGAUCUGCUGCAUGGAUCCAGAAACUGUAGGCAGAAGUUUAGGCAAGUGGGUUUAAUUCAACACAGAAUUUUAGGCUGAUUAACAGCAGUUAGCCAGUGCUGUAGUGGUAAAUUUUGAAGAGUGGGAGAAGCCUUCAUUGCCAUGGAGGUAGCUGUGCUAUCUAUUAUUGUUAGAAGCUUCAGUUCCGUUCAUAGUUUCCUGGGAACUCCAUUGAGCUCAGUGGAGCUUACUUCUGACUGCACAGGCUUAUCCUAUGUGAGCUUUAACAAAGUAUCUUCAGUCAGCUUAAAUGCAACUUUUAGCCUUUAAUUAAAUAUCAAAACAAUCUUGCAAAGAAGCAUUACUGUUUAAACUGCUGGCCUGAAGUAGAAAUCUCAUCAAAGAAAAGGAGAUAAGUAUCUAGCCUUUGCUUCAUAAUUUCCCUCAUCCUCUGACUUUCACUGUGCUAAACUGUCACAAACUUGCAAGGUUCAGCAUCACCUCAUUCAGUGUCCAGAGCAAGGCGAAUCUGCCCAUUAACCGAGUGCUCUGGCAGAUGAUGAUAGAGCAGGAGUAAGCGGGGGCGCGGGGGGGGGGGCAGAAUACCAGCUCACAAUCCCCUCUCCUCCACUACUCUUGAUAAAUCAGGUUCAGGAAAGUUUAGGUCACAAGCCCCGGCAAGAAAUCCACUAGCUGUCUCCCUGAGCUGUGAGUUUGUUCUCAUUUCCAGUAAACAGAUUUCUGAAAUGACAUUGGCAAUAGGAAGCAAAAUUUUUCUUGCACACACCGUCUAAGGGAGCCCAAACUGCACUUUAGACUUUCCACAAUUUAUUUAUUCCUGCAAUUUAUUUAGCAUGGGAUAAAUGGAAAGGCUUGGGUGGAUUGCCUUGCUGCAAGGUGGUAACUUGAUAAUUAGGGCAUUUUGUAGGCCAAGCAGGGUGGAAUGAGCAUCUGGCAAGGCCUAGGAAAAAGGUUUAAAGGUAAAGGUAAAGGUACCCCUGACAGUUAAGUCCAGUCACAGACGACUCUGGGGUUGCGCGCUCAUCUCGCUCUAUAGGCCGAGGGAGCCGGCGUUUGUCCGCAGACAGUUUCCGGGUCAUGUGGCCAGCAUGACUAAGCCGCUUCUGGCGAACCAGAGCAGCGUACGGAAAUGCCGUUUACCUUCCCGCCAGAGUGGUACCUAUUUAUCUACUUGCACUUGAUGUGCUUUUGAACUGCUAGGUGGGCAGGAGUUGGGACCGAACAACAGGAGCUCACCCCCGUCGUGGGGAUUCAAACUGCUGACCUUCCGAUCGGCAAGCCCUAGGCUCUGUGGUUUAGACCACAGCAACACCCUAGGAAGCGGGUUUAGUCUAUUUUAAUUUCCAAAGUGGAACAGAAGAUCCCAAGGGGCCAAAACCUCUUAAGCAGCAGUAGUAAUAAAUAGUAAUAAUAACAAUAACCACACAGAAGUAAUAGUAGUAUUUCGGAAUACUAAAUUGGGAGUUCUUACAUUUGAAAAUCCUUGAUGCAUCUUGUCUUUUAAGAGCCGGGACUGACUGGAAUGAUUCUCAUUUCAGAGGUUCUGAAGAUAGUGAGAGGAGCCUGGAAGACAUAGAUCUAUUGCGUGUUGAUUCAUAUUCCUGCAAUAAAGGGGAUAUUGAGCAUCCUUCAAACACAAAACUUGUCUCUGGCUUGAAAUAAACAUGUGUGUGAGUGUAUGUGCCAGAAGCAGGGAGAAGCAACGAGGAAAGGAAGCAGAUGCAUUUCAUUUGCAAACAUGAAAACUACAGAUUGACAACUUUCCCCAUCUCAUGGAGAAAUAUAGCAAUACAGCUGCUACAGAUCUAGUUGGAACAACAGUUGCCCAUGGUUGCUCCUGGGGAGACUUCCGUAUACAGAAGAAAUUGCCUUUUUUAGUUCACAAUAAACCUCCAUCUGCUACAGA